UUUCAGGGAAAUUCAGUUCUUGUGUGUUUUGGUUAGUCAUCAUUGGUAUUAUGCAGGAGUGAGUUCUGUGUGUUAUAUAAACGAUAACUCCUGUCUUUGAUACAGCAGUAGCAGACAGAGUUUCUUGACUGAUACAACCAUCAUAUUAUGAUGACCAAACUAAUUUUUCUAGCUGGCUUUUCCCUGGCAUUGUGUCACUUUGGAUGGGCCUCCCAACUCGCAUGCUACUUCACAAACUGGUCUCAGUACAGACCUGACGUUGGCAAGUACCUGCCAGAAAAUGUGGAUCCACAUCUGUGCACUCAUUUAAUUUAUGCUUUUUCCAUCAUUAAUCAGGUGAAUGAGUUGAUCAAGUACGAAUGGAAUGAUGAAACUCUCUACAAAUCUUUCAAUGGACUAAAGGAAAAAAAUCCUAACUUGAAAACUCUCUUGGCUGUCGGAGGAUGGAACUUUGGCACAACUCGGUUUACUAUCAUGGUGUCCACAUCAGCAAACAGGCAGAUGUUUAUUCAGUCCUCCAUCACAUUUCUGAGGAAACAUGGCUUUGAUGGUCUGGAUCUGGACUGGGAGUAUCCGGGUUCUCGUGGAGGUCCUCCAGAAGAUAAGCAAAGGUUCACUCUGCUCUGCAAGGAUGAGAUGAUAACAUGGUUGAAUGCUUAA